AUGGAAGAUCCUCUCAUUGGUAGAGAAAGUCGUGGCGGUGGUACGGAUCGGAUCGUCCGUCGAUCAGAAGCUAUCACGCAUGGUACUCUGUUUCAGAAAGCUGCUGGACUCGUCGAUCUGGCUGAAGAUGGUAUUGGUCUUCCUGAGCAAAUACUUGACCAGUCGAGCUUUGCAAAGUACUACUUCAUCUUCACACGAUUGGAUCUGAUCUGGUCACUCAACUAUUUCGCUCUGAUUUUGAUUAACUUCUUCGAGCAACCAUUGUGGUGUGAGAAACAGCAUACGCCGUCUUGA